AUGACAGCUUGGCUCAGGCAGCUCCUUGGGAUCCAGGACUGUCCCAGCCAAAGCAGGGAUGUUAGGGAUUGUGAGAAAUGGUCCCAGACUCCCCCAGGGCUGAGCUCUGCUCCUAACGCUCUGACUCUCUUCCCAGUGAAUGUGACUCUGGAUCCAGACAUGGCUCAUCCCCGACUCAUCCUGUCUGAGGAUCGGAAAAGUGUGAGAUGGGGAGACACAUGUCAGCUUCUGACCACCAAUCCUGAGAGAUUUGACUCUUGGGCUUGUGUGCUGGGCUCUGAAGGAUUCAUCUCAGGGAGACAUUGCUGGGAGGUUAAGGUGGGGGACAGAGGAUUCUGGGCUGUGGGAGUGGCCAGAGAGUCUGUGAGGAGGGAGGGAGAAGUCAGCUUUAACCCUGAAGUGGGGAUCUGGGCUGUGCAGUGGUUGGGUCUGUUCCAGGCUCUCACCUCCCCUGCAACCGCCCUGCCCUUUAGCCAGGUGCCCAGGAGGAUCCAGAUUUGUCUGGACUGUGAAUGGGUCCAGGUGACAUUUUUUGAUGCUGAUAACAAGGUCCCAAUCUUCACUUUCCCACCAGCCUCUGUCCCUGGGGAGAGAAUCUACCCCUGGCUCUGGGUGGGGGCAGGAUCCCAGCUCAGACUGUGUCCCUGAGACACAGGGGGUGGAAUAUUGCACUGGGGACCCUGAAAUCAGCCUCUCGAGCCUUAGAAACUCCAGUCUUUAUGACCCUGGAGUCUCAUGUCUGGACUGUGAAACCAUAGAAAGAAGCGAGUGAUCGAGAUGGAGAAGCCAAUCUCAUUGUCCAAGGAACUGUUUAGACUGUUUGUCACUAUCUUCUAUAGUCCAGGAGGACUCUUGGGAUCUUCAGUCAGACAGUGUCACUAAUACAUGGGGGGAAUAAAAAAAUGGGCUUCCCUAGCUGCAGUCAUGCUAGUCUCUAUGACCCUAGAGGACUCCCCUGUACCCAACCCUCUGGUUCAUAAUUCCAUCUCCUCCCCCUCCAUCUCUGCAGCACCAGGGGUUGUGGGAGGUGGGUGGGGUGGAGUGAGGGAAGAACCCUUGAAGCUGCAGCAGAAGCAGAGGGUCACUGAGGGGUAGGGAGAGAUGUGGGGUUUUUGAGGGAGAAUUGCCUAUCAAGCUAUCAGCUCAGUUUCGCAAUAUAUCCUAGCUACUCAACACUCAAACCUAAUCCCUAACAACUUGGGAAGCCUGGACCGUCAAUUCCUCGGGCAUGCCAGAGACAAGGCUGGUCCUCCGUCUCAUAUUAAUAGGUCUUCAGGGAAGGGUGUGAGUAUGCUAGCUUUAGUAGUCUUUUAGAAUAGAAAUGUUACCACCAGGGAUCAUAGAAUUGUAUUACUUCUUUGUGACUCUGUGUU